AUGGGUCCUGGUGUCGAACCAGAAAAGUAUCUCGAAGUGCUGAGACAGGGCUUGGAGGUCAUCCAGGAUGACGCGCGUGCAGCGAUGGAUAAGCGCCGUGCGAAGUUCGAGGCUGACCAGGAAGCCAAGAAAGCAGGUUUGCCGAAGUAUGAGGAAGGGCAGCUUGUCCGUCUUCAUGUCGCCAAUCCACCGAAAGGCACGAGUUCCAAGUGGCAUUUGCCGUGGCGCUCGAUGUUUCGUGUCAUUGAAUCGUUCAACGACGGCCUGAAUUACCGAAUUCAGCCACUCGGAGGUCGUGGUGCGAUGACUGUUCAUGUCACUCGAUUGGAGCCUGCCUUUCGCAGUCGUUGGUUGAUUGAGAUGAAGGAUCGCUCAGGUCGCUUCAGAACAGAGACAGUGACCGACAAGCCUGAGCCACGAACAAACAUCGUUGCUGAGGAUGAGGAAUCAGAACCUUGGGAGGUGCAGUACAUACUUGAUGUGCGAAAGCGCGGAAAGGAGCUCACCGCCAAGUUCGAUUUCCUCGUCAAGUGGAAUCUAUUGCCUGAAAGCCAAGCAGAAUGGAUUCCAGAGGAACAACUCGAUUGUCCACACUUGGUCAAUGAGUUCAUGAUGAAGAAGCGUACCGUUGAUGCCAACAGGGCGUCGAAGAAGUAUGAGAAAGUGAAGAGAGCUGGUGUGCAGCCGAAGGACCAUAUGGAUUGGGUGCCUGACUCAAUCCCAUUGCCUCGGACAGUGACGGGCCAAAAGCAAGACAGUGUGCCUGCCUGGCUUGACAUCAAAGAGGGUCAAAUCCUUCAUCUGUAUUACCUGCCAAGCAAAGGGCUUCGUUAUUGGGUGUCAAUUGAGAAGAAGACACCUGAGAAGAUAGAAGUGCUCUUCUUGCCGAAGAGCUCCAAGGUAGAAGUGGCUGAUGGUGUCUAUCAGAGCCCUGUGAACAAAGUAGCCGAGUUCUCACGAAAGGAACUUGAGAAUUUCUACUCGUGGGACCUCGUGCCAUCUACCUUUCGUAAACCAGAGUCGAGUCGUCAGCCGCGCAGACGGACUGGAUAA